AUGGCACCCGAACAACGUAGUUUCAAGACUCAAGACUUCACCGUGCCAUCAAAUGGAUCUGGUGAAACUAUUCAAGUUCGCAUCAGCGAGCCUAACUUGACGUCCGAAAACUUGGGUCUGGAAACUUGGGCCGCUUCUCACAUUCUGGCAUCUCAGCUACAUCAUCUGGGUCCAAAGAUCCAAUUUCCUGAGCCUAGCUCGAAUGUCCUUCCCAUUCUGGAACUUGGUGCUGGUACAGGGCUUGUCGGUGUCACAGCAGCAACCCUUUGGAAGCAACCGGUUGUGCUCACAGAUCUAGCACCCUUGGUUCCUGCUUUGGACGCUAACAUUGGUCUCAACUCUGAAGGUCUCCAGAAAGCGAACACAAACAUGGAAGCUGGAACGUUGGACUGGAAACGCCCUACCACUCUGCUCGUCAAGGAUGAGCAGCGACCGCAGACACAAGCUCACGUUAUCUUUGCAGCUGAUACAAUCUACUCGGAAGAACAUCCCGAACUGCUUGCAAAUGUGAUCUUGAAGUGGUUGAGGAAAGACAAGGAUGCCAGGUUCUUGAUCGCAUACCCUUUGAGGGUAUGUUAUAUAGACUACAUCAGAGAGAUGUGGGAAAGACUCGAGGAAGGCGGCAUGGAAGCUAUGGAAGAGGGAAGAGAAGAAGCAAGCCAGGAUCUCUUCAACGAUGAAAGACUGGUCGAAUGGAGUGUCUGGAGAUGGAAGGACCUGUAA